AUGAGCAUCGAGAUCCCGGCGGGACUGACGGAGCUGCUGCAGGGCUUCACGGUGGAGGUGCUGAGGCACCAGCCCGCCGACCUGCUGGAGUUCGCGCUGCAGCACUUCACGCGCUUGCAGCAGGAGAACCAGCGCAAAGGCGUCGCGCGCUUCAGCCCUGAGGGCAGGACCUGGGGGGACGCGGGCGCCGCCGCUGGGGGCGGCACCCCCAGCAAGGGGGUCAACUUCGUCGAGGAGACCGUGCACUCCGACUCCGAGAACGGGGAGGAAGAGGAUGAGGAGGCGGCCGCGGACCCUGGGGCGUUCAACGCUCCAGUAAUAAACCGAUUCACAAGGCGUGCCUCGGUAUGUGCAGAAGCUUAUAAUCCUGAUGAAGAAGAAGAUGAUGCAGAGUCCAGGAUUAUACAUCCGAAAACUGAUGAUCAAAGAAAUAGACUACAAGAGGCUUGCAAAGACAUCUUGCUUUUUAAGAACCUGGAUCCGGAGCAGAUGUCUCAAGUAUUAGAUGCUAUGUUUGAAAAAUUGGUCAAAGAAGGGGAGCAUGUAAUUGAUCAAGGUGAUGAUGGUGACAACUUUUACGUAAUUGAUAGAGGAACAUUUGAUAUUUAUGUAAAAUGUGACGGUGUUGGAAGAUGUGUUGGUAAUUAUGAUAACCGUGGGAGUUUCGGCGAACUGGCCUUAAUGUACAAUACACCCAGAGCAGCUACAAUCACUGCUACCUCUCCUGGUGCUCUGUGGGGUUUGGACAGGGUAACCUUCAGGAGAAUAAUUGUGAAAAACAAUGCCAAAAAGAGAAAAAUGUAUGAGAGCUUUAUUGAGUCACUGCCAUUUCUUAAAUCAUUGGAGGUUUCUGAACGCCUGAAAGUGGUAGAUGUAAUAGGCACCAAAGUAUACAAUGAUGGAGAACAAAUCAUUGCUCAGGGAGAUUUGGCUGAUUCUUUUUUCAUUGUAGAAUCAGGAGAAGUGAAAAUUACUAUGAAAAGAAAGGGUAAAUCAGAAGUGGAAGAGAAUGGUGCAGUAGAAAUCGCUCGAUGUUCCCGGGGACAGUACUUUGGAGAGCUUGCCUUGGUAACUAACAAGCCUCGAGCAGCUUCUGCACACGCCAUUGGGACUGUCAAAUGUUUAGCCAUGGAUGUGCAAGCAUUUGAAAGGCUUUUGGGACCUUGCAUGGAAAUUAUGAAAAGGAACAUUGCCACCUAUGAAGAACAGUUAGUUGCACUGUUUGGAACAAACAUGGAUAUUGUUGAACCCACUGCAUGA